AGUCUUUUCCAUCAGCUCUCUGAGCAGUCGCAAUCCCCGGGUCCUCACAGGGGAUACUGGGAGGAGGACAUUCCAGAAAGCUCUGUGGGGGGUGAGGGUGGAGCUAAUUCUUCCCCUCCCCCGUCAGUCCCCACAGGAGCCAAACCAGAGGGAGCAUGGAGCUGCUGUCCACCCCCCACAGCAUCGAGAUCAACAACAUCACCUGCGACUCCUUCCGCAUCUCCUGGGCCAUGGAGGACAGUGACCUGGAGAGGGUCACCCAUUACUUCAUUGACCUCAACAAGAAGGAGAACAAGAACUCCAACAAGUUCAAGCACCGGGAUGUCCCCACCAAGCUUGUGGCCAAGGCGGUGCCGCUGCCCAUGACGGUGAGAGGCCACUGGUUCCUGAGCCCCCGCACAGAGUACAGCGUGGCCGUGCAGACCGCCGUGAAGCAGAGCGACGGCGAGUACCUGGUGUCCGGUUGGAGCGAGACGGUCGAGUUCUGCACUGGGGAUUAUGCCAAAGAGCACCUGGCCCAGCUGCAGGAGAAGGCCGAGCAGAUUGCUGGCCGCAUGCUUCGCUUCUCUGUCUUCUACCGCAACCACCACAAGGAGUACUUCCAGCACGCCAGGACCCAUUGCGGGAACAUGCUCCAGCCCUACCUGAAGGACAACAGCGGCAGCCACGGCUCCCCCACGAGCGGCAUGCUCCACGGGGUCUUCUUCAGCUGCAACACGGAGUUCAACACGGGCCAGCCCCCGCAGGACUCCCCCUACGGCCGCUGGCGCUUCCAGAUCCCGGCCCAGCGCCUCUUCAACCCCAGCACCAACCUGUACUUCGCAGACUUCUACUGCAUGUACACGGCCUACCACUACGCCAUCCUGGUGCUGGCGCCCAAGGGCUCCCUGGGGGACCGCUUCUGCCGCGACCGCCUGCCCCUCCUGGACAUUGCCUGCAACAAGUUCCUGACCUGCAGCGUGGAGGACGGGGAGCUGAUCUUCCGCCACGCCCAGGACCUCAUCCUGGAGAUCAUCUACACUGAGCCCGUCGACCUGUCCCUGGGCACCCUGGGGGAGAUCAGCGGGCACCAGCUCAUGAGCCUGUCCACCGCCGACGCCAAGAAGGACCCCAGCUGCAAGACCUGCAACAUCAGCGUGGGCCGCUAGGGACUCCCAGGGAGCUGGGGGGCCAGGGAGAGAUGACGGGAAGAUGGAGGGGCGUGGCCCAGGUUCGGGGAGCUGGCUUUCUCUCCCCUGCACCCCUGCUCCCUCCGCUUGGCCCGGCCACCCUCCCCCCGCCCCUUGGCACUGGAGGCAACAGAUGGUGGUCCUCUUGGUAAGUGUGGCCCCCCCCCAGGCCUGGUGGACUUGGAAAGGCUGCUCAGCCUCAGUAGGUUGGUGGGUGGGUUGGAUCCCUGGAGAACCUCCCCUUCCCUUUGGUCUCCCUGUCCUGCUGUUCUUUGUGUCCCCCAGGCCCUGUCUCCCAGAGGCCUGUCCCCUCUCCCAGGGAGCCUCACGGGGCUGGAGCCCCGUGCAGCUUGGCUGCCUCCAGAGGACACGCGGAGAGCUGUGGGGCGCCCUUCCUCAGCCCCAGCCACCCCACUCAGGGCCGACCACAGAAUGCCCCUCCCCACCGAGCUGGGCCUCGGGGCCUCCCACCGCAGGCCCAGACCCCUGCUCCUAUACAUAGUCUCCUGCACCGCCGUGACGCCCUGGCUUCCCCUGGCCCCAGAGAACCCUCUUCCUGCAUGGGGGAGCUGUCCCUCCCUUUCUCCACCUGCCCACUGGGGACGCUCCUCCUGCUCUCUAGAAAGGGACCCUCUGUUUUCUUUGGCUUUGGGGGCUUCGGGCUGCUGGGAUAUUUCCGUCCUUCUACCUGGAGGUGACAUGUGCCCCAGCACACCUUCUCUUUGCUCAGAGCGCUGGGGUCUGGGACAGCAGCCUCUGGAGUUGAGGAGGGGGAAGGAGUCCCCUGAGACCCAGAGGCACCCCUGCCUCAGCCGGGAGUGGGCUACCUCGUGCCCUGACGGGGCCUGGCAUGGAACCGAGGGCUUUUCCCGCAGAGCCCUGGCACCCCGCCUGGCUGUGCGCUUUGCUCGCUCGCUCUGCCACGGGGCAGUGACUGUACUGUGCCUGUGCAUGACCCGGACUGUGGAUCCCCUGCCACUCGUCCUCCCGCCCCCCGCACCGCUGGCGCCAUCUGCUCUCCUGGCCACCCCAGGGGCUGAGAGCCCCUCCCCAGGGGAGUUCUUGGGGAAGUCGCUCCUGGGCCUCCCUGCAUUUUCCUGCAGUUGUGCGGGGCGGGGGUGGCGAGGCCGGACGCCCUGAGCGAGCAGAGCAGGGGGAGAGCCCAGGGGAGGAGCUGAGGGAGGCAGCAAGCUGCUUGGGGGCUGACGGAGAACAGCCCCCACGGUGACUUCCUCAGAGGUGACAGAGACCACAGACAUGCAGCUGGGCUUCCGUGAUGAAGGACAGAAGCGGCUGGCAGGCCAACAGGGCCACGCCUUGGCGAGGGGCAGGUGGACAGCUGGUGGCCUCCCUGCAGCGGGGAGUGGCAUGGGUGGCUGCCUCAGUGGGGUGGCGCAGGCUCUGGGAGACGUGUGGAGGAGAGAACACGGGCCCCAGGCCCUUCCCCCUGUGCCGACAGCAUUGCCGUGGGGGUGGCCCACCGCCCUCCCUGGCCCCCGCGUCCUCCCCGGGCUGGGGGCUCACCCGCCUGUGCUGUGCUUGCGAUGUGUGUCAAUAAACCACCACGGCCUGAGGGCCCCGCCUGACCCAGUC